AAAAAAGGAGAGACGAAUCAAAUAUAUGGUCAUAUCUGAAGAAGAAGAAGCGACAGCAGAAAGUUGAGCUUGUCAUCGUAAUCGCGCUCAAUUUCCUCCACAAUUUCUCUCUGUAAUACAUUAAUGGCAACUACGGUUGUGUCAUCCAACUGUCCAAGAAAUGCCAUACUUCCAUCUCCUAAGUGUGUCGGCUCUGGAGCUCCCACUUUCAAUCUUGCCACAUGUCUUCACGAAACUGUUAGUGCUUUCAGCUGGAAACACAGUUCUCAGCGCGGUUUCUUCCAUGUGACCCGACCUUCGUUGGCCAACAAUGUCAAGAAGAUGUCCUGGUCUAUUAGGAACAGUGUAGAUAGUAAUCCCCUGGAUCCUUCUACAUCAAAUGGCGGUAAUGGUACUACAAGACUAAUUCGGGCGAUUCAAGGUAUCCAAACCAGGUUAGGUGCAAGAAUUCAGGAGAUAAAGAAGGGUUUUCCAGUAAAACUGCUCUUCUUCUUAGCGGGAUUUUACUGCGCAACUGCAUUUGCUACUGUUAUCGGGCAAACAGGUGACUGGGACAUUCUAUCUGCUGCCUUGGCUGUGGUUGUUGUAGAGGGUAUUGGUGCACUCAUGUAUAGGGGUUCUUUUCCCUUUUUAAAAAAGAUGAGGAGCCUAAUAACCGUCUUUAACUAUUGGAAAACUGGGCUUUCCCUGGGUCUCUUCCUGGAUUCAUUCAAGUACGAAAUGGAUGAUGUUUUUGGGUUCAGUAACCUCUUCAACUUUGAAUUUGAUCCACUCUCAAUUUUCUUGUGACACAUGGCUCCACCAGAUGCUGUUGGCUGAUUUGUUUUCUGCCCAACCAUCGAAGAGAAAUUGAUCGGUCAGCUAGGCGCUCACUACCUGAUUGCUGGAACAAGAGCAAGAUCAUACCAGCUGGAAAAGCCGGCUCAAAAAAGUGAGAUCAAACUACUUUUAGGGGUGGACUGGAGGUGAAGCUGGAAAGAAAUUGUCCCAUUUCAGUAUGGAGCCUGAAACUGGAAGAACAGAUUUCUUUUAUGAAUUUUAUUUCAGGAUGACUUCAUAUCAGUCAUAUCAGAGUACGAGAACUUCUUUGCUUAUUGGGGCAUUGGAACAUCAGAAACUUAACGGCGACUUUGAAGUAUUAGAGGACUAGUUUCAGUUGAUUGGAGCUGUGGUCCUGCCUUUCCAUGGGUGUCAUUUCUUCAAAAAUUGAGCUCCUUUCAACCAUAUCUCCCCAACAAAGUGGGCCAAUGCUUUUUUCCCCCAUUUCCACCGGAAUUCUUACGACGGAUUUCAUUAAUUCUUUAGCAUGUGCAUAUGGCUCUCAGUUUUCUAUUACUAUAAGAGUGGCUUUGUUUGGAUUCUUAUUUGUUGCUAUGCUACUAUUAGGGUGGCAUAGAGACAGCAAGCCAUCAGAUUCUUCUCUCUCUUCAAAAUAACGAGAAUGCUUGGUAGAUCAUAUUUAACGCAAAAAUAAUGAGAAUCCUACAGUAAUAUUUUAU